AUGGCUGAUCCUUCUCAACAAGUCCAUCAUAUUAAGCCUGCAGAUCUAGAGGCCCUUGUUCAGGGCAUUCUAACCGGGAACGGAGUAUCUCCUGAUCAUGCUAGCACCGUGUCGAGAUGUCUUCUAAUGGCAGAUCUCCGGGGCGUCGACACGCACGGUUCAAACCGUAUACCGUCGUACAUGAAGCGAAUUCGUGAAAAGGUGUUGGACCCCAUAGCUGUUCCUGAGCUCAGCCAAACAACGCCCGUGGUGGCCUCUGUUGAUGGGAAGAACGCAUUUGGAUUUGUUUCCGCCCACAUGGGUAUGGAAAGAGCGAUCGAAAUGGCCAAGGUAUUCGGUAUCGGCAUGGUUUCCAUCAAACACUCUAACCACUUUGGCAUGUCUGCCUGGCUGGUGGAACAAGCUAUCGACGCCGGCAUGAUGUCUCUCGUUUUCACCAAUUCAUCACCAGCACUUCCGGUAUGGGGCGGCAAAUCCAAACUUAUGGGUGUAUCCCCCAUCGCCUGCGGUGCCCCUGCCGGAAAAGAACGCCCAUUUAUUCUCGAUAUGGCGCCCUCGGUUGCAGCACGAGGCAAAAUUUACAAAGCUCUACGAAGAGGGGAGAAAAUCCCAACUGAUUGGGCCCUUGAUAAGGAAGGAAAUAUCACUGAUGACCCUGCUAGCGCCCUUGAAGGCGUCAUGCUUCCUAUGGGAGGACCCAAGGGUUCUGCUCUUUCUAUCAUGAUGGAUGUUUUCUCCGGCGUCUUUUCUGGAUCUGCGUUUGCAGGCCAUGUCACAAAUCCAUAUGACCCCUGCAAGCCAGCUGACGUUGGACAUUUCUUGGUCGCGAUAAAGCCUGACUUGUUUAUGGAUCUGGAGGACUUCAAGUCGCGCAUGGACUAUCUUUAUCAGCGAGUAGUGGGAAGUGACAAAAUGGGAGGUAUUGAUCGUAUCUACUUCCCUGGUGAAAUUGAGCAGAUCACUCGGGAUGAGCGAUUGGCGGGUGGGAUCCCUUUCACGCGGGCGGAGAUCGAUGCGUUGAAUGAGGAAGCAAAAAGUGUGGGAGCGGCAAGCUUGAAUUUUGACUGA